AUGCUCAUUCAACAGCUCGACGCCUCAACCUCCUCAUUAACAACCAAACCGAUGGGAAAGUUGUCAGUCCCAGUGGGAUAUCCAGAAUCCCCAUCUCGCCGGAAGAGACGUGACUGGACUAUUGUCGGACUCGCCAUCUGUGGGCUGGCCUUCCUGACAACACUUCAUCAUUCGCCAAAGCUCGGAUGGCUUCAUGGCUUGCAUCCCGAUUCACCCAGUAGACAAACCUCACCUUACGGUACAUUUCCAAUCCCAGGUGACCCAUUUCACUUCCUACCCUGCACUAAAAACACCGUACCGCCGUCUCUCAACGAUAAUUUCCCCGAGCAGACCUGGGCUGCUCGGUUCGACCCCAACCCAGACCAUUGGAGCUGGACUCCUCCCAAGAAACCCGACAACAACAGCUCUUCCCCUUCCCACGGCCAUGAUGACCCCUACGCAGACCGCGGCAUCUACCUUUGCGGCUACCUCGACGUUCCCCUAGACUAUACCAACUCUUCCGAUCGGCGCAUCGUUCGUCUAGCUAUCACCAAGCUCCAAGUCUCUGGCCUUGCCCGUCUAGACGACCCUCCCACAACCAGCAAAGGCAAGAAAAGCUCCCGCACCAUUAUCAUCAAUCCCGGUGGACCCGGCGGCAGUGGCACAGGCUAUGCCUGGCGCGCAGCAGCACGCAUCAGCGCCCGGCUGAGCGACGGCGCGUUUGAUGUGCUUGGCUGGGACCCAAGAGGCGUGAAUGUAUCGCUGCCGGCCGUGGAGUGUUUCCCGUAUGAUGCGAGUCGGGAUCACUGGGCGCUGUUGAAGUCGCAGCAUCGGGCUGUAACGGGUAACCCGAGGGGGCAGCUUGAGCUAUCGGAUGCGAUGAACGCGGGUGUGAUGCAGGCGUGCUGGGAGAGGCAGGGUGAUUUGGCGAGGUUUUUGGGGACGGGAAUGGUUGCGCGGGAUUUGGAGCAGAUUAGGAAUGCGCUGGGGGAGGAGGAGUUGACGGGGUAUUUAGUCAGUUAUGGGACGGGGAUUGGGCAGACUUAUGCAGCGAUGUUCCCGGAUAAUGUUGGAAGAUUGAUUUUAGAUGGGACAGAGUACGUAAGGGAUCAUAGGAUGAGGGGAGGGUUUGGUUGGACGGCGCUGGAUAAUGCUACGGAUGCGUGGAGGGAUGGGUUCCUUGGGGAGUGUUUGAAGGCUGGGCCGGAGCAUUGCGUGCUGGCAAAGGGGAAAGGCGAGCGUCCUGUCACACUACAAGAGCUGGAGAGUCGCAUGGAGAAGUUGAUGACUUCCCUUGCUGCUCGUCCUCUUCCAGCGUAUCUCCCCUCUAGAGGCGCGACGCUAGUGACAUACUCAGCUCUCGUCAAUAACAUCUACGGAGCGAUGUACAACCCCAAGAGUUGGCCAACCCUCGCCCAGGCCCUCUACGAUCUCGAAGCAGGCAAUUCAACCCUGGCCGCUACCCUCCUCGAAAGGUCCUUCUGGUAUUAUGACCCCACCACUCCCUGCUCUCUCGAGCCCGUUCGCCCCUCCGACGCCGAGCUCGGCACCCUCGUCAUAUGUGCAGACUCCUACGACGCCAAGGAACCUGAUGACUUUGAUUGGUGGUCCUCGCUAUGGAUGAAUAUGACCACAAAAAACUGGAUCGCUGGCAAUUCCCGCUUCUACAAUGUCUUGCCUUGUCGACAUUUCCUCCCAUACUGGCCUCAACCGGUUGGCGUCUACCGCGGGGAUCUGAACCAUACCCUUCGACAUCCUGUAAUGCUCAUUGCUGAAACCUAUGACCCUGCCACGCCGCUUCGCAACGGGCGGAGAUUGUUGAAGGAGAUGGGCCGGAAUGCGAGGCUGAUUGUCCACCAUGGGUAUGGACAUGCCUCGGCGGCGGAUCCGUCGAGCUGUACGGAUAAGCUGGCUAAGGCAUAUAUCAUGACUGGGGAGGUGCCGGAAGAACAGGAAACGGAGUGUUGGGCUGAUGGAAAACCGUAUCGAUAUGAAGAGGGGAAGAUUGGUGUCAAAGCGGUUGGGACGAUUGAGGAGAGGAUGAAGGAGUGGAGAGAGCAUUUGGAGGAGUUGAGGGCUUUGGAUCCGUUGUUGAUGCAUGCGUUGUAG